AUGGCUUUGGUGCUCGCCAUUUUCUAUUGGUUUGGCACCAUCCUUUCUGUUAAACUUUGGCAUCCAUUUGCAAGCGUUCCGACUCCCUCUGGUUCAGCUUUUCUGCCCUAUAUUUCUGUGUACUGUAAAGUUUUUCCCGGUCCCUUCUGCAAUUUCUCAAGCACCCAAACUUCAGUGUCAGACGACGAACUGGCCAGGGUUGCCCAAACUGUUUCAGUCACCACCAAGAAGGCGUCGAAUGUUUUUGAAUCAGUCACCCAUUUAAGCAAUCCGAAUAGCUUGGGCAUCUAUCAAUCCGAGAUUUGGGAACUCACCUAUGCAAUACUCUACUCCAGCAAGUUUGACGACAAAGAGGUGUUGGCAGCCGAACUCUGGCAACUGGGUGAAGUAACUGGUCAGCUGAAAGAUCAGAUUAUUGAUUUGAACGGCCAGGCAAUAACAGCAUUUUCCUCCAUUGUUCAUGAGUUUGGUAGGGUAGGCCAGGUAGUCGAAUGGGUCUACUCAGGAAGAAAGACGUACUCCCUGGAAUUAAUUGAAAAAAAUCUAGACAUUGCGUUUUCGAACUUUGACUGGGAGCUCAAAAGGCUCAUCACCACAAUCGAGACGACCAUUCCCAUUGCAUCACGAGCGACCAGCCUUGGAUUGAAAAUUUCAGAACGAAUUCACAAGGAACAUUACAAACUGGAAAGCAUCAAGGACAGCCAGUCUUUCUGGAAGAAAUUGACCGAUGAAACUACAAAAACUGGCAAACAAUUGCGCAGGGACCUUCGCCUGACUUCUAAGAGCAUCAAAACGGCUAGGGUACUCAGAUUGGGACUGGAGGAGGGAGCAAUUUUGGGAUGGCACAUGGCUGACCAUGGGCUGAGUGCUGAAGACGAGCUUGUCACCAUGCGGGAAACAAUUGAAAACCUUCAAGAAACUAUUUUUUCGGUCAAGUUUCAUCUCAGAGAACCCCCUCAAUCCUCAGACAUAGCCUAG